UAAACUGGUUUCUAUGUACUAUAUACCUGAACGUAUAAUAUGCAAGUCGGACUCAAUAUAAAAUAGACUGACAGAGAGUUAUGGCUUCAGUAUCAGAAUAAAAAUGCAACCGAGUAUCCCUUUUCUCCUCCUUGGCUGUGUUGUCUUCGCUAAUUCUUUUAGCAUCGACCUGGGAUUUUUAAACCCGUUGCGGUUAUCUGGGGAGUCUGCAGUCAAUGCAAACUUAUGUAAACGUAGUAGUACAACUAACAAUCCUGGAGAUGUCACUACGAGAAGGUUUUUGGUACCCUUACCGACCCUGGCACCAUCAUCCACCUCAACUACUACUCAAAUAAAAAGUGGAAUAUACGAUAAAAAUGUGCCUAACCCAAUGGUUGAGUGCGGACCCGUUCCCAUAAGUGUUGGACGACAAUUGGGUUCGAAGUUUUUAAGAAUAUUUGAAUCCUUGGUCUAGCAGGAGCUACUCAACACAUUUGAAGGACACACAAAUAAAGCUUAUAGAUGGCUUAUAAUUCUAGUUUCGUAAUUUUCCCUUGGGUAAAGAAAUAUAUUAUAACUUUUCUAUAAACUACUCUCCCAAA